AUGUUCACCCUGUGCAUCAUUCUUUUCCAAAUUCUUUAUAUUCUUCUGUUUUGUCCAUUUGUCUAUCGUCUGCCGAGUAGCGGUAGUAACGCGCAUGCGUGGACUCCAUUCUGCGUUAAAAUACAAACAAACUCACAUCGAAGGCAAGAUUUUCUUCCAUAUCACUUUCUGUCUCAUAUCCCAUCACAUCUUUUUCUCUUUUAUUUAUUUUCUACUCUCUCUCUCUCUCACUCUCACUCUCUCUCACUCUCUCUCUCUCACUCUCUCUCAUAUAGUAACCCCUUCUCACUCACCCACCAUUCCAGUUACUCAACCCUCUUUCUUUUUUCAACCACUCGACUCUUUGUCUUCUGUUUUCUCCUCUCUUUCCUCAUUCUUUUAUUUUCCCUCUCUUCUCUUACUCUUUUCUCUUCAUCUUUCUUUUUCUUUUUUAUCUUCCUCCUCUUUAUCUCCCUUCUCUCUCUCUUUUCAUUAUCUCCCUUCUCUCUCUCUUUUCAUUAUCUCCCUUCUCUCCCUCUUUUCAUUAUCUCCCUUCUCUCCCUCUUUUCAUUAUCUCCCUUCUCUCCCUCUUUUCAUUAUCUCCCUUCACUCUCUCUUUUCUUUCCCUUCCCUCUCUCUUUUCUUUUUACCUCCUUCCCUCUCUCUUUUUUUUACCUCCUUCCCUCUCUUUUCUUUACCUCCCUUCCCUCUUCCUCCCUUCCCUCUCUCUUUUCUUUACCUCCCUUCCCUCUCUCUUUUCUUUACCUCCCUUCCCUCUCUCUUUUCUUUACCUCCCUUCCCUCUCUCUUUUCUUUACCUCCCUUCCCUCUCUCUUUUCUUUACCUCCCUUCCCUCUCUAUUUUACUUUUUACUCGCUCUCUCCAUCUCAAUGACACUGAGUUGUUUUAUCUUUCAAAAUAUCUAUUUGUCUCUCCUGCUGAUUUGUUUAUUUUUUAUUUCUCGCAUCUCUUUCUAUCUCUCAACUCUCUUUCUAUCUCCCGCCUCUCUCUCUCUCUCUCUCCCGCCACUCUAAGUCUCGCCACUCUCUCUAAGUCUCCUGUCCCCCUCUCUCUAUCUCCCUGUCCCCCUCCCUCUAUCUCCCUGUCCCCCUCCCUCUAUCUCCCUGUCCCCCUCCCUCUAUCUCCCUGUCCCCCUCCCUCUAUCUCCCUGUCCCCCUCCCUCUAUCUCCCUGUCCCCUCCCUGUCUCCCUGUCCCCCCUCCCUCUAUCUCCCUGUCCUCCCUCCUCUCCCUGUCCCCUCCCUCUAUCUCCCUGUCCCCCUCCCUCCAUCUCCCUGUCCCCCCUCUAUCUCCCCUGUCCCCUCCCUCUAUCUCCCCUGUCCCCCUCCCUCUAUCUCCCUGUCCCCCUCCCUCUAUCUCCCUGUCCCUCUCGUCUCAUUGUGCAUUUCGUUUUCAUUAUUUUCGUUUUAUCUGCAUAUACUUCGUUCAUUUCUCUCUCUUUCGUUUUUUUCUUUCGUGUCGCUUUCCUUCCAAAUUAUUUUCUUACGCUUUCUUCUCAUUUCAUUUAUUUCCUUUGCCUUUUCUUUUUCUCCUUUUUCCCUCUCUUUUUCUCCUUUUUUCUCCUCUCUUUUUCUCUGUUUUUCUUUCUCUCCCUCUGCUUUUUUUCUUUCUCUCUUUUUCUCUUUUUUCCCUGUCCCCUCCCUCUUUCUCUUUUUCUCUGCUUUUUUCUCUUUCUCUCUUUUUCUCUGCUUUUUUCUCUUUCUCUCUUUUUCUCUGCUUUUUUCUCUUUCUCUCUUUUUCUCUGCUUUUUUCUCUUUCUCUCUUUUUUCUCUUUUUUUUCUUUUUUCUGUUUUCUCUUUCUUUUUUCAAAUUAUUUUCUCUUUUUUCUCUUUUCUCUUUUCUUUUUCUUUUUUUCUUUUCUUUUUUCUCUGCUUUUUUCUUUCUCUUUUUCUCUGCUUUUUCUCUUUCUCGCUUUUUCUCUGCUUUUUCUUUUUUCCGCUUUUUCUCUUUUCUCUUUUUCUUUUUUUCUUUUUUCUUUUUUUCUCUUUUUUCUCCUUCUUUUUUUCUCUUUCUUUUUUUUUCCUUCUCGAUUUUUUCUUUCUCUCUUUUUCUCCUCCCCUUUACAAUAAAUUAUAUUUAUUAUUUAUCCUUUUUUCCUUUGUGGAUUUUUUUCACUUCUUUCUUUCCUUUGUCUGUUUCCCUAGUUCUCAUUUUAUUCAUCCACAUUUUUUUUCUUUCGCUUCUUCGUUUUCUAAAUUCUUUUUUUUUUCCAGCCUCUCACCCUGCAACCUUCUUGGUUCAUCACCUCGCCAAACCCGAAAUAUUUUUGGCAUUUCCCUCUCUAUUUUUCAUAUUAGAUAUUUCUUUCAAAUCUUUUGUCCAAACGACAUAUUAAUGAAAAGAGGAGCAGCUUUGGGGGGGGGAUUUACUUUCCGCUGUUGUUCACAUAUAUCUCUUAUUUCUCUUUUACCUGUGUCACUUCUCUCUCUCUCUACGUCUAUUGUUUCUUUUUCUACACCUCUCUCUUUCAUCUGCUUAUCUGUUCUUUUCUUUGUUGUCGUCUGUUUCUCUCAUCCUUCUUCUCUAUUUGCCAUUGCCUAUUUCUCUCUCUCUCUCUCUCUCUCUGUCUCUUUCCGACUCCUUUCAUCUGUGCAUCCGCUUUUCUCUUAUUGUUUCUUAUUACCCACUUCACUAUCUCAUUGCCACCUUCUCUCCUCUUCUCUUUGUCAGGAAGUCAUUCUUUCUAUCCUCUUCACGUUAUGCUUGUGUUUGUUUUUCUCCUUUCUCUCUCUUUGUUUCUUUCUCCUCUCUCUCUCUCUCUCUUUGUUUCUUUCUCCCCUCUCUCUCUUUGUUUCUUUCUCCCCUCUGUUUCUUUCUCCCCUCUCUCUCUUUGUUUCUUUCUCCCCUCUCUCUCUUUGUUUCUUUCUCCCCUCUCUCUCUCUCUUUGUUUCUUUCUCCUCUCUCUCUUUGUUUCUUUCUCCUCUCUCUCUCUUUGUUUCUUUCUCCUCUCUCUCUCUUUGUUUCUUUCUCCUCUCUCUCUCUUUGUUUCUUUCUCCUCUCUCUCUCUUUGUUUCUUUCUCCUCUCUCUCUCUUUGUUUCUUUCUCCUCUCUCUCUUCUUUUCUCUUUCCUCUCUCUCUUUGUUUCUUUCUCUCUCUCUCUUUGUUUCUUUCUCCUCUCUCUCUUUUUUCUUUCUUUCUCCUCUCUCUCUCUCCUCUCUUUGUUUCUUUCUCCUCUCUCUCUUUUUUCUUUCUCCUCUCUCUCUCUUUUGUUUCUUUCUCUCUCUCUCUCUCUCUCUCUCUCUCUCUCUCUCUCUCUCCUCUCUCUCUCUCGUUGUUUCCUUCUCCUCUCUCUGUUUCCCUCUCUCACUCUCUUUGUUUCCUUCUCCUCUCUCUCUCUCUUUGUUUCCUUCUCGUCUUUCUCUCUCUCUCUUUGGUCCCUUCUCCUCUCUCUCUUUGUUUCCUUCUCCUCUCUCUCCCCUCUUUGUUUCUUUUCUUCUCUCUCCCCUCUUUGUUUCAUUUUCUGCUUUCUCUCACUUUUCGUCCUCUCUCUCUCUCUCUCUGCUCAUCCUCUAUCUUUCUUUGUUCCUUUUUGUCCUCUCUCUUACUUCGUUACUUUUUGUACCCUCUGUUUCUUUUUCUUCUCACUCUUACUUUUUCUUUUUCUCAUCUCUUUCUUUUUCUCCCAUCUCUCUGUUUCGCUUCUUUUCUCCUCGUUCUCUAUUGAUUUCCUUCGUUCCUCACUCUCUCUGUCUUUCUCAUUCUCUCUGUCAUCAUUUCACUUUCUCUCCCCCCCUCCACUUGGCAUAUGACGUUAUUCUUUUCUUCCUUCUCUCUUUGCCGUCGAUUCUUUCUCUCCUCGUUGUCAUCAUUUCUUUCUCUCUUCAACUCUCUUUUUGCUAUUGUUUGUUUUUUUUUCUUUUCAUUAUCUUUUCUUUGUUUUUUCAUAGCAUUUUCUACAUUUUUUUACAUAUGUCUACAAAUAUGUUUCCUUCUUUCUUUCUCUCUUUUACCAUUUUUAUUCAUUUUUUUUUAUUUCCUUCUCCAGUUAUCUUCUCUUACUUCCUUUUCGUCAUUUCAUUCAUUCUCCUUUCCCGCCACCGUUGCUUCCUUAUUGAUCGCUUUCUUUGCAAAGAAUCCCUCUGCAACCACCUUGGCUUAUCAGGCCAUCAACACUUUCUGUCACUUUGUUUUCUACGGCCAUUUCCAAUUCACAAAUCGAAGCCGACCCUCUUUUUUCUUAUUUCUUUAUUAACUUAUUCAGUUUUGUAUUUUCGCGUCUUCUUUUUAUUGGAUUUUUUUCUAUCUUGUGCAUGUCUUUCUUUGACUGCAUUUUCUUCUUCCUUUGAUAAAUCCUUUAAUAUUUUUUUUCUUUUGAUUUCUUUUAUUAUUCAAUUUUUUUUUAAUCAUUUAUAUUUGACCGCUCGUAUAUUUUUCUUCCUGAGCUUGGCUUUUAUUACCUCGUUCCUUUUAAAGACGUCGGGGUUUUUUUGGGGGGAUUUUUUUUUCUAUUUUAUCGGUUCCAUUUCUUAUUUGCCUUCUUUCUCCAACUUUGGAAUUCUUACAGCUCGUCUUCAUUUCUUACUCUUUCUCCCUCUUUCUAUCUACCUAUCUCUUAGCCUCUUUCUAUCUAUCUAUCUAUCUAUUUUAGUUUCUUCCUAUCUUAGUCUCUUCCUAUCUAUCUAUCUAUCUAUCUAUCUAUCCUAUUAUCUAUCUCAGUCUCUUCUUAUCUAUCUAUCUAUCUAUCUAUCUAUCUAUCUCAGUCUCUUCUUAUCUAUCUAUCUAUCUAUCUAUCUAUCUCAGUCUCUUCUUAUCUAUCUAUCUCUUCUUAUCUAUCUAUCUCUCUUCUUAUCUAUCUAUCUAUCUCAGUCUCUUCUUAUCUAUCUAUCUCAGUCUCUUCUUAUCUAUCUAUCUCAGUCUCUUCUUAUCUAUCUAUCUCAGUCUCUUCUUAUCUAUCUCAGUCUCUUCUUAUCUAUCUCAGUCUCUUCUUAUCUAUCUAUCUAUCUUAUCUAUCUAUCUAUCUAUCUCAGUCUCUUCUUAUCUAUCUAUCUAUCUCAGUCUCUUCUUAUCUAUCUAUCUAUCUCAGUCUCUUCUUAUCUAUCUAUCUAUCUCAGUCUCUUCUUAUCUAUCUAUCUAUCUCAGUCUCUUCUUAUCUAUCUAUCUAUCUCAGUCUCUUCUUAUCUAUCUAUCUAUCUCAGUCUCUUCUUAUCUAUCUAUCUAUCUCAAUUGCCACUGAUAUUUUCAAUAAGUCAAAUUGGAUUCCCAGGGAAAAAUACAAAAAUAUAUGUUUUUAAAUUUUCCGGAAAUUUUCUUUUCCUUUUUAUCUUCCUUUCUAUUUCGUCUUUUUCAACUAACAAUUCCGUAAUUGUCUUUUUCUUUAUCGCUGCUUCUUUUUCUUUUCUCUUUCUUUCUUUCUUUUUUCUCUUUCUUUCUUUUUUCUCUUUCUUUCUUUUUCAUCCUUUUUUCGUUCUUUCCUUUUCUCCCUCUUUCUUUCUAUUUCCUCUCUCUUUGUUUCUAUUUCCUCUCUCUUUGUUUCUAUUUCCUCUCUCUUUGUUUCUAUUUCCUCUUUCUUUGUUUCUAUUUCCUCUUUCUUUCUUUCUAUUUCCUCUUUCUUUCUUUCUAUUUCCUCUUUCUUUCUUUCUAUUUCCUCUUUGUUUCUAUUUCCUCUUUGUUUCUUUCUUUUUCUUUCUUCCUUUUUCUUUUUUUUUUUUUUUCUUCCUUUUUCUUUCUUUCUUUUCUUUCUUUCUUUUCUUUCUUUCUUUUUCUUUCUUUUUUUUUCUUUCUUUUUCUUUUCUUUCUUUCUUCCUUUUUCUUUCUUUUUCUUUCUUCCUUUUUCUUUCUUUUUCUUUCUUCCUUUAUCUUUCUUCCUUUAUCUUUCUUCCUUUAUCUUUCUUCCUUUAUCUUUCUUCCUUUAUCUUUCUUCCUUUAUCUUUCUUCCUUUAUCUUUCUUCCUUUAUCUUUCUUCCUUUUUCUCUUCUUUCUUUCUUUUCUCUUCUUCCUUUUCUCUUCUUUCUCCGUGACGCCCCCCCCCCCUUGCUUGCCAAUGUGUCUGUUCAUAUCUAUCUCUUAAAGUUUUCUGAAGAAAGAAAACUUCAUGACUUGUAA